CUCGACCGACGCGCGCUGUAUAACAACCCGGCCCCGCCGCCACUCCAUCCCCGACUCACCCAACCAACCAAUCCCCGACUCCCACGCCUCUCUCUGCUGCUCUCCCUUGCCCCCGAAUGGCGAUACUGCCGCCGGCUGCGGCUGCGGCUGCGGCGGAGGACGUCCUCUCGCUGUACGACGCGUGCUGGUUCCGCCGCCUCGUGCUCCUCUCGCCCUCUUCUCCUGCUGCUGUUGCUGCGGACGUCGCGCCUGCCUCUCCGCCGGUGGCGUCGCAGCGGGAGGAGGAGGAGGAGGAGGAGGAGGAGGAGGAGAGGGAGGUGAAGAGAUCUCCGCCGGGGACGCUGCGGCACCGGCGGACGCGGAGCGACGAGGCGGCGACGGCGGCGUUGGACGGCCUCGAGCCGCUCAGGAUCCCGAACGGCCACCGGGCCAGGCUCGAGACGAUCCUGUCCGGGAAGGACGGGCUGGCGGCCGCCUUGCCGCAGCCUCAGCCGAUGGCGGAGCGGAGGAGGGCGGCGGUGCGGCGGCCCGGGGGGAGGCGGCGGCGGCAGCGGCGCGGGCGGAGCAUGUCGGAGCUGGAGUUCGAGGAGGUGAAGGGGCUGCAAGACCUCGGGUUCACCUUCUCCGAGGACGACGUCGACGCCGAGCUCGCCUCCAUCGUGCCUGGGCUCCGGCGGCGGCGCUCCGACGAGGACGACGCCAGAGAGGCCCCGGCUGCCGCGGCGGCGUCCGCCGAGGAGGAAGCAGCCAGCAGUCGCCGGAUCGGCUCUGCUCCGGCCGGCACCUCAUCGUCGUUCUCCUCGGCGCCGAGGAGGCCGUACCUGUCGGAGGCGUGGGACGAUGAGGAGGAGGAGAUGAGGAGGAUGCUGCGCAACUGGAGGAUCCCGCCGGCCGGCGACGGCGACGGCGCCGACCUCAAGGAGCAACUCCGCCUCUGGGCCCACACCGUUGCCUCUGCCGUCCGGUGAUGGUUUCCCCUUUCGUCAGUUUUGACCAACCACUCCGACACUCUGUUCAUUAAUUACUCAAAAUAUCACAACUGUAAAUAUUCCUCGAUGUUAUAAACUCAAAAUGUAUAGUGUAAAUAUCACGAGUUAGUGUAAUUUCUUUGCUUUUGGUUCAUAUAUAUCACGAAAUGUAUGUAAUUCAUUGAGAAAAAAGAAUAAGAAGGUCCUGUUUAGUUCUAAA